AUGUGCGCCCUACUUAGCUCCGAAACAGAAGACUACAAACUGGAUGUGAUGUUCAGCCGCACCACUGCGUCCCAGUUGCACCUCGACCCCGAUAUGCAGGCUUUGGCCAAGGCGGGCUACUUGGAAUACGGGAGCAAUGUCCUCAAGAACGCCGACACCAAGAACCAGCCCGGGCCCUCGGAGAUGAGGAACACCCUUUACAAGAACUUGGCGGCGGACUCGUACAACCUCCUGCUCCCCAACUCCCAGGAGCUGAUGCUAGAGGAUACGGUGAUGGGGUACACGGAGAUGGAGCUGAUAGCCUACAUUGUGUUCAUGAUGAUGGUGGCCAGGAAAAGGGAGAGGACGAACUUCCUGCACUUGGACUACCACGACAGCAGCGACGUGGACAAGAAAAGAGUGUCCGAACUGAUCAAGGUCAAGGUGAUGAACAUGUUGGAAAUGUGCCUCAUUGCGGAGUAG